UUUUACAACACCUUAUUUCAUUUAUGCACAAAACCACAUUUGGAUUGUUUCCUUAUCAAUUACUGUUUGCUCUCCUCAGGGGAAGUUUAUGAAUAUGCAGAUUGUAAAGGUGCCUACCAGCAGAGGGUGGGUGUGGAAGAUGGAAGGAUUCCGGAUAGUGCCCUUACGGCUAGUACUUCCAACGCAAAAAGAAUGCCCAAGGAUGGUAGAGUCGGCCGCUCAGCAGGAGCUUGGUCACCUUCGAUACAGAAUUCUUUCCAGUGGCUUCAAGUAGACAUGGGCAAACAAUACAUCGUCACCCAGCUUUUAACACAAGGAAGACAGGGCAGUGAUGAAUAUGUCCGAGAAUAUUUCCUGGAAUAUUCCGAUGAUUCAAAAACCUGGCGACGCUACACAAAUAUGCUUGGUGUUUCUGAGGUGUUUGAAGGCAAUGCUGAUGAUGCCUCACUGCAGACACGAACGCUGAUCUAUCCCAUCGUUGCUCGCUAUCUCCGCUUCAACCCUCAGCGAUGGAAUAUGGUUAUAUCUUUGAGGAUAGAAGUGGUGGGCUGUGCGUUUGCAAAUAUGGCAGCUGGCUUUUUAACAGGCACGGCAGAUAUGCUUGUAAAACAAAUUCUUCAGGGACCACUAGCCCUGGAACUCACACAGGGGUCAUUGAAAAUUGAAAGACUGGUGGAAGAAUGUGCUGACCAGAUUUUGUUUCUUCAUUUACUUCUAGUCAAUAAAAGUUUGUACCUCGGAGGAGUGCCAUAUUUUAACAUGGAUGGAAUCGGUGUCAAGUACAACUUCAUCGGUUGUAUCCAGAAUCUCAACCUCAAUGGGGCCAGGAUGAUCAGAGAUGCUUUGUCCAACAAACUGGCAACCGUCUCUAUCAAAAACAAUGUGAAUGCCUUCUGUAAUGUUGUAGCCAAGAUUCCAGUCACUUUCCCUACUUUGACUUCCAAACUGUUUAUCUCAGCACAGUCUGGCAGGGUAGUGCAUGUUGCCUUUGACUUCAGAACCUAUGACAAAGAUUCCCUUAUGGUUUACCAUAAGAUGGAUUCUGAUACUGCCUCAGUAGUGGUGAGAAUUGAUGAAAACGGCUUCGUAAAGUAUACAAUAAUUGAUAUUGAUGGUCAGACAGUGGAAGAUGUUGUUAGGAAUGUUGAUGUUUUGAGCAAAACCGGCUCAUACACUGAUGGACUUUGGCACACUUUCUACCUGUACGUCGAUAAUGAAAAAAUUAACUGCACUGUUGACAGGAACUCUAAAGUUUCACUUCGGAAACUGUCAGUUGCGGCUCUUACAGAUUUUUAUAUUGGUGGUUAUGAACUCUUCAAUGGUUUCCGUGGAUGCAUGCGUGAUAUUCAAAUAGCCCAGAGGGCUGUCGACCUUGAAAGAUUGUCCUCUGUUUCCUCUACUACUGUGGUUGGUGCUCAGAUUGGGUCGUGUGGUAUCAGAGAUAGGUGCACACCCAACCCAUGUGAGCAUGGAGGCACUUGUGAGCAGUCGUGGAGCACGUUCAACUGUAUUUGUGCUAUGGGGUACCAAGGAGAACUGUGUCACUCCUCCUCCUAUUACAUUUCAUGUGAGAUGCUCAAAUAUUACUCUAGUAUUGAAGGAAGGGAGGAUGGCAUCAUUGAUCCAGAUGGUUCUGGUCCAUUUCAACCCUUUCAGGCUUCCUGCGAAAGAGACAAUUCUGGUGAGAUAAUUACCUAUAUUGGUCACGACAGUAUGGGUGACAUCCGGGUCAAUGGCUACCAAGAUCCAGGCUCCUAUGUAAGGAAGAUCACUUAUAAGGCCGCUGAUGUGUAUGAGUUGGAGGAGGUCAUUGACAGAGCUCGUACUUGUCGACAGAAUGUUCUCUACAAGUGCCGCAAUGCUAGAUUUCUGUCGGAUCCAGCCAUCAAGUCCUGGGGCUGGUGGGUUGGUAGAACAUUUCAACCCAUGCACUAUUGGGGCGGGGCAGCUCCGGGAUCUGGCAAAUGCAAAUGUGGCUUAGAUGAGCAAGGCUGUGGUAGUCAAAGCACAACCUGUUACUGUGACAUUGCCAAUCCACAGUCGGGUUACCUGCUUCACAAAGAAUACCUGCCUGUGUUAGAGAUGCACCUGGGUGACACUGGGAGCACUACUGAUGAUAACUGGUCCGAGUAUAAUAUUGGAGAACUGGAGUGUUUUGGAGACAACUUGUUCGGCAAUACCGUGACAUUUACCCAGAAGGAUGGAGCUCUGGAAUUCCCCACUUUUGAAGCAGACAACGCUGGCGACAUCUGGUACCAGUUUAAGACUACAACUACUGAUGGUGUCAUGAUCCAUUGUGUCGGCUCUGUUGUGUCAGACUUCAUCGAGAUCAGACUUUUCCAAUCAGACACUAUCCAGUUCCGUUACGAUGUUGGUAAUGGCGUAACUAUGGUUACAUUCAAGUCGCCGUCUCCACUCAGCGAUGAUGUCUGGCAUACAGUCCAUUCACUUAAAACAGUUUAUGUUUCCUUCGUAGGUUCGCUGGUUGGCUUUGGAGAUGGUUAUGUCGGAUGCAUGCGGGGUCUGCGUGUCAACGGACGUCUGAUGGACAUGUCUGGCAAACUUAGGAAUGCUGAACUUUAUGGUGUAAGAGAAGGUUGUGUUGGAAAAUGUGCUAGCAGUCCAUGUUUUAACGGGGGCACCUGUCGAGAAGGCUAUGACCGAUAUACCUGCGACUGUGCCUAUACUCCUUGGAGAGGUUGGAACUGUGGCAGAGAGGUUGGAGUCAAUCUAAAGAACAACUACAUGGUCAAGUACACAUUUGACGAGACCCAGGGUUUAUCUGCCUCUGAUUUCCAGAGAGCUACUAUCGGUUUCUCCACAAAAGUCAAGCAAGGUAUCCUCAUGCAGAUGAGAAAUGAAGAAAACACUGAGUACAUAACUGUAGAGAUGAACAACAAUGGUGGUGUGAAGGUAGCAAUGGAUGUGGGCUUUGAGCGAGUUGAGGUCAACACUCCAAUGAACCAAGGGAUUGACUACGCCAACAGUCAGACACAUGUGGUGGUGGUGGAGAGAUUUGACUACGGCAAACGUCUGGUGGUCAGGGUUGACAACUAUGAACCAGGCACUGGAACUUUUGGUGAUGCCAGUAAAGCUUCUGACACCAUUUUAGACAACCCAAAAUAUCUUUUUAUUGGCAACAAUGACACAUCCAACGCCAACCGAGGGUUUGAAGGCUGCAUUUUCCGCAUGCAGGUGGAUAACAUUUUCCCCCUGAAAAGAGCUUUCCAGGAUCCAAGACCCCCAUAUUUGGAACUUAUACCAGUCAGAGAAGACAUGUGUGGAUUUGAAGAGAUCACAGUGUCCCCGGAGCCAAUCAGGAGCAGACCAUUCACUGGAGUGUUACAGAAUGUGACCUACCGGAGAGUGACGGACCCACCCCUUUCAGACGAGGAGAAAGCUUUGGUUGGAGUUGGUUGCGCACUGUUCAUCAUUUUGGUGGUCUGUAUCAUCCUCUUCUGCUGCAAGGACAGACUUGAGGGAGCUGAUUAUGAGACAGAGGAAGCCAAAGGAGCAGAGUAUGCAGACAACCCAGAUAGUGCUGUUGUGUAUAACCAGACUGGCUUGCCCAACAUGCCCAAAAGUUAUGAAUAUUUCAUGUAG